AUGGGUCAGCAGGCGCCUCCGCUGCAGAGCCAGGCCCGAUGCCAUCGCAACCGCCGAAUCCCAACACGGCCCAAGGUCAGGUCGAGCACACAAAAUCGUUCGAGCAUCAAUAAUGAUCGCAUCUGUAUUCAUGCCCAGCAAAGCGGCGGAGAAUUGUCUCUGAACUUAAGAGGUCCCCCACGAGGCACCAGCGCGCCAAGUAGCCCGGCGAAGAGUCGUGAGAGUCUGCUGCAACGCGUACAAAGUUUAACAGGAGCGGCACGAGACCAAGGUGCAUCCAUCUUAGGCGCAGCUGUUCAGAGUGCAACUAGACCAUCAUUCAAUAAAGAUCGAUCCUUUACUUUACUAGUUAUCGAUGAUCAGAACACGGAUUGGUCAAAGUAUUUCCGUGAAAAACUACAUAAUGAUUAUGAUAUUCGAGUGGAGCAAGCAGAAUUCAAGGAACUCUCGUUGAUCGCGAGCGGCGAGCAAGGAUGCACUGUCUCGAUGGCGGUGUAUCGGAGCGGUACCAAGGUGAUGCGUUCAUUUAGGCCGGAUUUCGUUCUAAUUCGUCAAAAUCUUCGCGACGCCUCCGAGGACAAUCGCAGCCUUCUUCUCGGUCUGAAAUACGGCGGCGUUCCGAGCGUCAACUCGCUAUCUUCCAUCUACAACUUCCAGGACCGGCCGUGGGUUUUCGCGCACCUGAUGCAACUCCAAAGACGCCUCGGACGUGAAAAUUUUCCCCUGAUCGAGCAAACUUAUUACCCAAAUCAUCGCGAAAUGUUGACUUCAUCCCGUUUCCCGGUAGUGCUGAAGCUGGGCCAUGCCCACGGCGGAAUGGCCAAAAUCCGCGUGGACAACCUGAGCGAUUUCAGCGACGUCGCCGGCGUGGUCGCCCUGGCGAACACAUACUGCACCGUCGAGCCCUACAUCGAUGCCAAAUUCGAUGUACACAUUCAGAAAAUCGGAAACAACUAUAAGGCAUUUAUGCGCAAAUCAAUUUCUGGAAACUGGAAAACCAACCAGGGCUCCGCCAUGCUCGAGCAAUUAGGCAUGACGGAACGUUAUAAACACUGGAUAGAUGAGGUGUCCGAUCUCUUCGGAGGUUUAGAAAUCUGUGCCCUCGAGUUGGUCGCCGGUAAAGACGGUCGCGAGCACAUAAUAGAAGUGAACGACUGCGCGCUCAGUCUGAUGGGAGACAGCCAGGAGGAGGACAGGCGGUUGAUCGCUGAAUUGGUUGCCACGCGGAUGCAGAACAUUUGCCGACCGCCUUUACCCAAAACCGGUGCCGGCGUCCCGUUAGGCACGCGAUCAAGCGUAUCUAGCCGAGGCGGAUCACCGACCGAAGACCACUUGCCGCCCGUGCCGGAUCGCCCGGACCGCCAGUCGAUUAGCUCGGAGCCCCCGAGCGAACCGCCGCCGCCGCACCCGUUGCUGGGGACACUAGGACGGCGAGAUUCCCAAGCUUCGCAGUCGUCAACCGUGAGCUCGGCCUCGGGUGCGAUUGGCAGCGGCGUCGGCGGCGGCGGCGGCCCCGGUCACGGCAUCGGCAUCGGCCCGCGCGCCCCGUCGCUCGGCCAGCGUCAGCCCUCGCAGCAAGCCUCCGCUCCUGAGGAUUCAGAGGACACAAUGAAAAACUUGCGGAAAACGUUCGCCGGCAUUUUCGGCGACAUGUAA